GAGGCGCUGCAGUGACCCGUUUCCGUCCUUCAGCGGCACAAGGAGUACCUGAAGAUGCUGAGUGAGAGAGAAGAGGCGCUCGAUGAAGCCGAUGAACUGGAGCACUUGGUGACGUCGCGGACGGAGUCUGUGAACAUCGACCACCCAAACCACAUUGUAACAGUGACCACCAUCAGUGACUUGGAUCUCUCAGGUGCACGCCAGCUGGGACUGACCACCGCUGAGGGAAAAGGUAUCGGAUCAGAAGGAGAGAAGGGGGAAGAGGUGGUGAACAAGCCCACAAGAACAGUUCCCAAGAAGUCCAGAAAUCCCUUCCUGUCUGAAAAGAUCUCAUCACUCACUGCCUCACUGCACAUGCACAGCCGGAAAAAAACAAAAGGAAAGAGACCGCAACGUGGGCAAGGCCCACGCAAGAAAAUCCAGAAACCCAGCACAAGGCGAACCACUAAGACUCAGCGCCGGAGACUGACUGGCAAAACAGGGCGCGACCAAGAUUAAGGGAAGAACUAGUGCUUGGACCAGCAGCUGGGACAGCUUCUGCCUCUGGCCAGCUGCUCCUUGUGGCCCAUUUGUCAUGAGCAAGGGCCUUGUUUACUUGGCUUUCUGACCAGCGAUGAGUCUAGCUUAGCUGUCCUCUCACCUUCAAGUCUGAGCACUGGCCAGGGUCGCUGGACACUCUUCCCAUUUAUUUCUGCAGUGAUCUACAACUGAGUGUUUGGGUGCUGUGGAAUCUCUCAAAACUUCUGCUGAGGGUCAGGCUAUGAACUCAGUAAGAUUCUCUAUUUAGCAUGAAAUAAAGGGGGUUCCUGUCCCUGAACCUCCCUUCCAGAGCUGAUACUUGGCUUUAUUAAAGGAGAGGAUGUAGGGUUGAGUUCAACAAACAAAUCAUCAGGGAAAGUUAUGAGAUGAGCAAGAGCUCUGCUUCCACUUCUGCACAGUGCCCCAGUGUUUCAUGGAAGCAAGGUAUCAUCUUGUCUCAUUUUUUUUCCCCAGUGCCACACCUGAGUGAAGGGAUGCUUGCAUUUUUCUUUUUCUUUUUUUUUUUUUUUUUUAAUUUUUAAGAUACCUAUCCCAGGUGAAAUUUGGUAACUUUGAGUAAAUUUUUAUAAAGUCA